GAUGGCGCUUGAACCACACGCGCGGCCUCUUUCCAACUCGCCACCUGUUCCGAGGCCGCUUUGUUACGCGACUAAACUAUAAAAUUCCCAAACCCAAAAUAGAGUCGGGGGAAAAAAACGUUCAGGCCAUUCGCCAGAUUACGCCGUCUGAUAAAAGCUCAAUCGCUCGGUUCAUCAUUCAAUUUUGCGGCACUUUUCAGUUCUCUCAGUGCUACGGAUCGGAGUAGAUCUCCAAAACCUAGCUGUUUCUCUCCUGUUUUCGAAUAUUAUCUUCUUAUUCUUGCUCAAGAUUCUCUCUCGGUUUCUGUCGUCUACCGAUGCAUUUCGCGGUUGAUCGGACUCCGUUUUGAUCGCUCUGUUUUGUCUUCGGUGAGGAGAAGAAGAGACGGAGAGAUGGAGAUAGAGAUGGUGAACUGAGAGGAAGAGCGAGCGAGAUUGGAAGAAGAGAGAGAGAUGGAGGAUAGAGGAGGCUCGUUCGUAGCCGUCAGGAGGAUUUCUCAAGGUCUUGAACGGGGAGAUGCCUACCAUUCCACAUCUGCUGAAGUUGUGGCUGGAUCAGCAGCAUGGUUGGGCAAAGGUCUCUCUUGUGUUUGUGCUCAAAGGAGAGAUAGUGAUGCAAAUUCUUCGUUUGACCUAACCCCUGCUCAGGAGGAAUGCUUACAGAGACUGCAGAACCGAAUAGAUGUGGCGUAUGAUGGCUCAAUACCUCAGCACCAGGAAGCUCUGAGGGCUCUGUGGAAACUCGCCUUUCCUGAAGAAGAGCUCCAUGGAAUAGUGUCUGAGCAGUGGAAGGAAAUGGGUUGGCAGGGAAAGGAUCCAUCAACAGAUUUUAGGGGCGGUGGUUUCAUAUCCCUUGAGAACUUGUUGUUCUUUGCUAGGAACUUUCCGAAAACCUUCCAGGAUCUUCUGCGUAAGCAGGUUGGGGACCGUUCUGUUUGGGAAUACCCCUUUGCCGUUGCUGGUAUCAAUAUUACAUUCAUGCUCAUCCAGAUGCUUGAUCUAGAAGCAGUGAGACCGCGAACAGUUGUUGGGGCGACUUUUCUGAAACUCUUUGCUGAGGACGAAUCUGCAUUUGACCUUCUCUAUUGCAUUGCGUUCAAGCUGAUGGAUCAUCAAUGGCUAGCCAUGCGCGCCUCAUACAUGGAGUUUAAUACAGUGAUGAAAUCUACGAGGAGACAACUGGAGAGAGAGCUGAUGAUAGACGACAUAACAAGACUUGAAGAUCUGCCUUCAUACGGCCUUCUCAGCCGGUAGCUGAAGUGAAAGAGUUUGUUUGUAGAAGAGAACCCCCCAGCAGAGAAAGCAACAGGAGACAAUGGUUUUCUUCUCUUCCUUUUAUUAUCGUGUUUCUUUUUAGUUUCCACGAUGUGAUGAUGAUACACGAUUGAUAUAUUUUGACACCUGAAAGAUUCGGUUGGUUGGUUGGUUGGUCGGUUUUGGUGGCAGAGGAGAAUCAUCAGGUGCUGGCUAUGUUUUUGGCAUAGCUAUUGAGUUUCUAACUAUGUUGCUAGACAUAUAUUGUGUGUGUGUGUUUGUUUUUUUGGGGAACAAUCUCGGGUUGUUUUGCUAGUUGUUUAUUAUAACUACAUAAGGGCAAAUUCCUGGGUCAA